AUGUUUCUUUUCUUGUUAUCAACUUCUUUAAGAAGUAUUCAGUUUGGUGCUGAAGAGAGGUUUUCAAGACUUCAAGGCCAAUUUGUAUGGAAGAAAACUCUUUUAUUUGCUUUCCUCCAUGUAAGAAGUAUGUCUGCAAUUCUUGUCUGUUUGACCUUUGCCCAGAAUGUAUUUUCAGAAAGAAGUUUGAGCCAGACCAUCAAAGCUGAUAGAAUAUAG